AAAAUCUUCUUCGUUUAAAAAUAACAUCAUUGAUAACUACAAAAGUAGACACAUAUCAUAUGAUCCUCUGAAUAGUGUUACUGUCAAAUAAAAAAUCAAAAAAUAAAUAAGUUGUAAACUUUAUAUUGCGAAUAACAUACAGCAUAUAAAACGAGAAAAAGUAUGUAAGAUUUAUAUCGAAAAAAAAUUGUUCAAACAUUGUUUAAUGUUGAAAUAAGUGAGUUAAUGAUUGAAAAUAUUAUGAUAAAUGAUUAUAGCUAAAUAAUAGUAAACAGUUCUAUUUCUUCUAAAAAAUGGCAACGCUAUAUCAAACUCAACUUUUAACAGCUUUAAGAAAUAAAACAAAACACCUGACGGAACUGAAAAAAACAUUUGUCCGGCCUUUGAUACAAAUUGCUGUGAAAGCAAUAGAACAAGAACAUAUAGAAGAAGGUGUUCUAGACAGAAUUAGCCAAAAAUAUAAUAUACCUUUGGAAGAUGUAGAUGAAUAUUUUUCGACUAUCUUUACUAUCUUAAAAACAUAUCUUAAAUAUGUAUCAUAUUCUGUCAAACCGGCAGAUUUCAAACAAACUUUAGAAGAAUUAAAAUUUUUUCUUUCUUCAGAUUGCAUUGAGGAUUUAUAUACCGUUAUAUCUGGUCAAAAGAAAGCAGAUUUACUUACAGGUUUAAUGAAAAAAACAAAAUUUUUUCCACGUUUAUUAUCAUGCAAAUGGCGUAUAGAUGUUAUUAUUUCAUCAAAUGUUUUAAGUAGAGUGCUGGAACCAUACAUUAUAAUGGAAUGUACAUUUGAUACUGGAGAAAUUCAUACAUUUGAACUUUCUUUAGUACAAUUUCAUCGCUUUAGACAUGCUGUAGCAAGCAUUCUUGUAGAGAUACAAUCAUUGGAACAACGGAAUACUUUAAAAAGUAUACAGCAUAGCUGAUGAUUGUAUCAGCGGCAACAAAUGUUAUUAUAAACUUUUUAUAAUAAAAUUAUAUAUUGAAAAAAACAUUUGUAAAAUAAGUUCAAUCAUAUUAGAAAUUAUAAUAACACUAUUUUUAAUUUUGUAAAUAUCACAAUAGAAAUUAUGUAAUAUUUUUUAUUUUCAUUUAUCAUUAAAAUAAUAACAAAAAAAAAUUUUAUAAUUGUUAUUACUAUUACUUUUUAUUACUUUUCAACUUUUUUAUUAGAAAUAAGAAGUAUUAUAAGUGCGCAUGUCGAUCAAACGAACGUGUUAUCAACUUGCAUGAGUGUUAGUGUGUUUUACCAGUUUUCAUUGACGUUCGCUCCUGUAUACAUUUAGAAUUUAUAUUCCAAAUAUAGAUUUUCAGCAACAUGACAUCGUUAUUAAGAAAUUGUUGGAAAUUAUCACAAAGCCUGUCUACGAA